AUGGUCGGCAAGUAUGAUGGUCUUAAUGAUGAUCCUACAUGUUAUUCCUUACCUUGGGAUCAAAUUGGUUAUUGGGCAGUCAAAAUUGUAACAGGCGUACCCGAAGCUAUUCCUGUAAUAGGAUCGUCUUUGGUAGAGUUAUUACGCGGAAGUUCCAGUUAUGACAACGCAUUCAUUUCCUAUGCAUUGAUUGAUUCGAUUUCUGAUACUAUUGGAGUGAACAAAGUAGAUCUAAAGAACAACGCGAGUUAG